AUGACGGUAAACUACAAUCGGGAGAUCAUGACCUCCCACCCGUGGACAUUUCUCAAGCUUCUGUUCAAAUGGAAAGGCUCCAUCUGGAAAGCGAUCUACUUCGAGCUGUUUGUCUUUCUCGUCUGCUACGGCAUCAUCUCGAUCAUAUAUCGAGCCGCAAUGGGUGAACACAGCCAAAACCGAUUCGAGGCAGUCGUACGCUACUUCGACAAACGAUUGAAUUAUAUUCCAUUGGAGUUUGUGCUCGGCUUCUUCGUGACGACUAUGGUCAACCGAUGGACCAAGUUGUAUCAAUCAAUCGGAUUUAUUGACAACGUCGGCCUCAUUUCGAACUGUUACAUCCGUGGCAACACAGAAAAAGCGCGAAUCUACCGUCGCAACAUCAUGCGCUACGCCGAACUCAUUCAGGUGCUUGUCUUCCGCGACAUCAGCAUGCGAACGCGCCGCCGAUUCCCAACCCUGGAAACAGUCGUCGCUGCCGGAUUUAUGACGAAAGAUGAGCUCGAGCUCUACAACAGCUAUGAAUCAAAGUACAACUCACGUCUCGGCACUAAAUACUGGAUACCGGCGAACUGGGCGUUAAGCAUGAGCUACAUGGCAUGGAAGGAUGGCUACAUCGAGAGCGAGUAUUUUAAAGCGCAAGUCGAGAAAGAGAUCCGAACAUGGCGAACCAACAUCGAAUGGCUUGUCAAUUACGAUUGGGUCCCGCUUCCUCUGAUCUAUCCACAGGUCGUCUGCCUCGCCGUACACUUCUACUUUCUUGUCGCCAUCAUUUCCCGUCAGCUAAUCGUUGAGCAUCACAAGAUUAUCGACGAGGUUGACGUUUACUUCCCAGUCAUGACGUUCCUCCAGUUCAUCUUCUACAUGGGAUGGCUCAAGGUCAUAGAGGUGAUGCUUAAUCCUUUCGGUGAAGAUGACGAUGAUUUUGAGACCAAUGCUUUAAUCGACCGUAAUAUUACAAUGGGUCUUAUGAUUGCUGAUAAUCCGAUGAAGACACCAGACCUCCGAAAAGAUCCAUUCUUCGAUGAUGAGGAGGUGCCAUUGCUUUAUUCCGAGGAAUCCUCCAAUAUUCCAAAUAAUCACUAUCAUGGUUCAGUCAGUAUGGUCAAGCUGGACAACAAGGGGGCCAAGGUGAACAUGAUUCCCCAUUCUCAAUCGGAAGUCAACAUACGCCGCCUCGGAUCAGUCCUUUCUCGAAGCGAUCCCGAGCCGAUGUUUUCGAUGUCGCACGACGACUCUCGACUCAAGAGCACGAGAGAACUAAAUGUCGAUCGGUUAGACCCGAGGAAUUGGAAUAUUGCCGCCACCACCAAAGAUAUCACCAAACUUUGA